AUGUGUAAACAAUGUAUAGAACUAAGCUUAACUACCUGUUGUGGACGCUACAGCAGGUAUGUGAAAGAGUUGAACGUCAGUCCUGGAUCCCGGCAGGUGGGACUGUCGUUGCUCUNGUUCCAGGCGGAGUGGGAGAAGUUUGCUGCUACCCUACCGCAGUCCGUGAGUAUCUUUGGCAAGACCUCAAAGACAACGGAGGCGUUCAUCCAGAUGAUGAUGUCUGACAGUCGUGUCAAUGAGGCGUAUGUGCAGUCUCCCCUAGGCACACAAGGCACUAUAAUCUCGUACUAUAAGGCUGCUGUUGCUGCCGGCACCCCUUUUCUGGCUGGACGCGUCAUCACAACGGGUUCAAACCCGCUGCCUACGGACACGCGGUAUGAGGCGGUCAUGCGGUUCCAAACUCUGAUGACGAACUACCUGAAGAACAGCAACCAGUCGGACUACCAGAAUCCUGAGGUCUUUCUGGAGGACGAGGUUGUUGGGGAGUUGAUGGUGGGCGGCUGGAUAGCCGGUGAGAUCAUCGUGGAGACCCUUGCCUCAUCCGAGUGGACGAAG